ACCAGGCGUUGCUCGGUGGAGGAGGCGUCCAUGAGUAGAUUUCCGGGUGUGCCGGUGGCUUAAGUCCCGGCACCUGCAGUUGUGCUCGGCGUGGGACGCUGCUGCUGCUGCCGCCUCCGCCUCCUCUUUUUCUCUCCCUUUCCGUGCCAGCGCCUUCCUGAGGGUGUAAAAGCAGCCGCCAAGAGGACUAGCGGCAUGACUUGAGCUGAGCCAGUGCCCGGAUCUGCCAGCUCGCACAUCCUGGAGUGGAGAGACGCUACUUAAAACUGAAGCCUUCCGAGUGAGAGGCAAGGAUUUGGAUCCAUCAUGUCUUUUCACUACAAUGAAGCCUUUGAAAACCCAGAUUAUUACUCCUCUGAAACUCUGGUCAUUGACAGAACAAGGCCGUCUCAAAGCACGUUUUUCCAUCAUAACCCUUACGAUUCCUACGAAGAUUACAAUGUGGAAGGAAGACGAGGGCAGAAUCCGUCGCUGCUGUUACCUAUGCACUCAAUGCGAGUACAGUCUGACGCCGAAUACAGCCCGAGAGAUUUUGCAUUCGACAUGCCCAAUUCAAGCCCAUACGGAAAUGCACAUAUUAAUCCUUCAUUUGAGUAUGAACCGGAAUUUGCACAGACACUGCCUACUGCUGGGAAUGCUUUGAAUGAUCAUUAUGCACGCAGACCUUCUGACGUGGGUGAUGGAGUUAACUUCAUCCAGAGACAUAACAAGCAAGAUGUUGAUAUGGUCUUCAUGACACCUUCCAGUCAACUUCGAUUAGACCCAGGAUAUAAUGAGGAGAGGAAAAAAGAAGAAGAAAAAUUAAUCAGUGAUCUUGCAACCAUGUCCACCAAUGAAAGAAUUAAAGCUAUUCAGAUGAUUCCAAAACCCAUGAGUGAAAAACGAGAGAUCAGGAAUAAUGCUCUUAUGGAAAGAACAAAGAAUUCCCACAGCCGUGAUGCUCAAAUUAACUGUUGCACCCAGUGCUUCUACAACACAGCUUUGUCUUUUCGGCAGUUUAAAAAUAGCUUGUUGGAUAGCUUUCAGCUUUUCAAAAUUUGGGAGAAGACUCUAAAAGUCAUUGGCGGCAAAUUUGGGACCGGCGUCUGUUCCUACUUUGUAUUUCUGACCUGGCUUCUGAUGUUUAACACUUUCUCAUUCCUGGUGAACUUCAGUUUUCUUGCAAUCCCUCAACUCAUAGAAGCCAAACGAAAUCACCUUUCAUUUACAGGGCUGGAGUUUUUAACGGGAGCCGGUUAUUUUCAAGACACUGUGCUCUACUAUGGUUUUUAUACCAACUCUACAGUAACGAAAAACGACAGCCUCUCCCCUUACUACAUGCAGCUGGCCUAUAUUUUCACCAUCGGGAUUUAUUUCAUUAUCUGCUUCUUAAGCUUACUCUACAGCAUGGCGAAAUCCUUCCGCAACAGUUUUGUGAACCCUCAGAUGUGCUCUGGAAAUGCGGCCAAACUUCUGUGCAUCUGGGACUUCAACAUAAACAAUGAGAAAGCUGUGAAGCUGAAGCAGAAGAACCUCAGUACUCAAAUAAAGGAGACCCUAUCUGAAAUGAGUACUGAAUCUCUCAAGCUUUCUCUAAGUCAGAGAAUUUCUCGCAUCACUAUUCACACAGUGGCUUGGGUUGUUGCAUUGGGAACAGCAGUUGCUUCAUGUGCUGGCGUUUACUUCUUUUCCCAUGUGAAUUUAGAGUUAAUUCUCCAGAGGGAUAAAACGGAGCUGGAAAGCGAAGCCGCCACGCUGAUCCUGCCGGUCGUGGUGAGCCUCCUCAACCACGUCGUGCCAUUCUUGUACACGUUGUUUGGCCUUGUGGAAAAAUUCACUUAUACCAGGCACCAGAUCUACACUGCUAUUGUCAGGAAUAUCAUUCUGAAAAUAUCGAUCAUAGGGGUCCUAUGCUACUACUGGCUUAACAUAGUGCCUCUGGAGCCAAAGAUAGAGUGCUGGGAAACCCUGGUUGGCCAAGAUAUCUAUAGGCUGCUUGUGGCCGACUUCAUCUGUUGCUUACUGGGUUCGUUCUUCGGAGAAUUCCUACGAAGAAUCUUCGGAACCACAUGCUGCAAAAAACUGGGUGUGCCAGAAUUCAACAUUGCUCGAAAUGUUUUGGAUUUGAUCUAUGCUCAGACUUUGGCAUGGAUUGGCAUCUUUUUCUCACCUCUGCUCCCAGCCAUUCAGAUGAUAUCAUUUUUCAUAAUAUUCUGCGUGAAAAAGGUCAGCCUGAUGAUGAACUGUCAGCCGCCCCGAAAGGCGUGGAGAGCUUCUCACAUGAACACCAUCUUUGUCUUCCUGCUGUUUUUCCCGUCCUUCGCUGGAGUCCUCUCCGUCAUUGCUAUCACUGUCUGGAGACGCAAGCCUUCCGAAGCAUGCGGUCCUUUCCGAGGGCUAUCAGCUAUUUUUGAGGCCAUUUCCAGCUGGAUGGCGAUACUCACCAGUUUCCCCAGCUCCAUGUGGGUCGUGUGGAUUUAUCACAAUUUAAUUGAAAGCGUGCUUUUCUUUUUCAUCCUCUCCAUCAUCGUAUUGAUUAUCACAUACCUCUACUGGCAAAUCAUAGAAGGACGGAAAAUAAUGGUUAAACUACUACGAGAGCAGAUUAUCAAUGAAGGCAAAGAUAAAAUGUUUCUGCUGAAUAAACUACGUGCACUUCAGGCAUCUAAUCUCCAAAAUCUGGGAAAGCAGUCAGAGAGGGGCUCAUUUGCGCACCGGCUGGCUGGGCAACAAAUGCGCUUACCGCUGCCCAACUCCGUAGAAAGCUCUCCAAGAAUGAAUCAGAGAGACUCUUAUGCUGAGCCUGCUAGAAUAUCUGAAAUGACCAGUUUCUCUCAUGCAGUUAAACAGGAUAGCCAGCCAGCCAGGAAUGCUGGGGCUUCCGAAGCUCUGAUGUUAGCUUUGAGAGCCAGGCAAGAGGCUGAAUGGGAAAUAGAAGAUGAAGAAAGCUCAUGAAAGUUAAAAAAAAAAAGGGGGGUGCAACAUGCACAAAGAAGCACUCCUGACUCUGAACUCGGCUAUUUGCACUAAUAAGGCCUGUGUAGGAACUGACAGGUGGAGAUGGGGUUAAAAAGCAAAGAUUUUGCAUCCCCCGAAUGGCACGUUUUCCAUGGUUGCAAAUUUGCUUUUAUUAUGAUUUCUGAAAACGCAGUGCAACAGAAGACAGGAUGAAGCUUUUCACCAAGCCAGAAUCCCUUCCACCUCCGAAGACCAGGAUAUUAACCACCUUUUUCAUGGAAUUCUUGAAGUGGAUUAAUGUAAUUUAUUCCUGAUAAUUGCCAAGUAUAUUUCUGUAAACAGUGAUAAUCUUCUAUCUGAAUUACUUUAUUUUUGCUGUUCUGAUCAGAAUAUUUUUUUACAGAAAUUAAACCGGGAUUUAUAAAGAAUGAUAAAGCAAGCUCUGGUCUUUUCCAA